AUGGAGGAAAUCUCUAAAUUUAUCUGGGAGACCGUACCAUGGUGCAUGUUUUUUGCUGACGACAUCGUGUUGGUAGUAGAAAAUAAGGAAGAAGCUAAUAAUAAAUUGGAAGAGUGGAGUGCAGUCCUAGAGAGUAGAGGGUCGCGCAUAAGCCGUGCGAAGACUGAAUAUUUGCGAUGCGAAUUCAGUGGGAUAGAAAUGAUAGAUGAGCCAAAAGUGACCAUAGGGGGUGAAGUUGUUGCAUGUACGACCAAGUUUAAGUAUCUAGGAUCGGCCGGUUUUGUUGUAUGGGACAGAAUGUUGGCCCGUGAAGAAGGUUUUUCAAUAGAGGAUGGAAGUUACAGAAAUGCAUAUUCUAAGGUGGAUGAGUGGUCACAUUAUGAUGGAUAG